GGACGACGCUACGCCAGAGAGAACACAGUUAAGGUAACAAAUGUUGAUAUAAAAAAAGUUAGCAUGAUUGAUUUUAUUGUAGCAGUAGAGAAUAGUAUUGGAGAAGGCUCGUGUUUUGCAUGUGUCCCUCGUCCCCCCAGUAGCAUAGAAAUAACUGUAGAUUCCGAAGAAAAUGCGAUUAAACUAUGCGAUGAAGGUCUAGAUAUAAACAGUGACAAGUAUUCAGUUGAGUUAUGUUUCUCCAAAAACACAGUGGUAUCCAUCUUCAACCUUCCCAGUCAUAUUGAUGACGUCGUUAUUACAGAAAAAUUAGAACAAUAUAAAAUUGAAAUUGUCGAUAAUGUAGUCAGACACUACUACAAACAGAGGCCCGAUGUUGCAGACGGCACACGUCACGUUAAGUGCAAAUUUCCACCCAAUUUCCAUUCGCUCCCAUGGGCUAUGCAAUUUGACACCCCUGAUGGCCCACAGACUUUCAAAGUCCUACAUAACAAUCAAAGCAAAGUUUGCUUUAAGUGUCUAUCUCCGGACCAUGAGAAGAAAGCCUGCCCCAAGAUUCAGUGCCGAAAGUGCAGAGUAUAUGGUCACAUGGCCUUUAAUUGUGAAACAAGCAAAUGCGAAAACUGUAACAGAUAUGUGACAUUAUGUGCAUGU